AAUUUUUUUUGAGUGCAUUUUGUAAUAAAAACAAAAUUAUAUUUUUCAAGUCCGAACGGAAUUACAAUUUUGAUUUUGAACGUGUGGAUGCUAUUAAAGGAGAAGAGGAAACUUUAGUUGAUUACAAAAUCCGUUUUAUGAGACGUAAUCGUGGUGAAAAAUAUAAGGCAAAUGGUACUAUGACUUACACUGAAGAUUUAGGGGAAGAUAUUCAACAUAUGGUAAGAACAACUUACAGUGCAACUGGAUCAAGUCAAUUUCGUUCACAUCCUUACACAGUGCAAAAGUCAAGCGUUUGCAAAUUCUUUCAAACAUAUUACAGAAAAUAUGGCCAGCCCUGGGUAAUGGGUCAUACAGAUUUUCCUAUCAUUCCCGAAGAGGGAAUUUGUCCACUUCCUAAGGGAACAUAUUAUAUCAAAGAUAUGGAAUUCGAUGAAAGUAAUUUACCAGAUCAUGCUCCAAGAGGUUUAUGGAAGCUUGAUCAAAUAUUUGAAAAAAAUGGUAAAGUUGUCGGUGGCAUUGCAAUGUAUGCCAGGGUAUCUGACAAGAUUUAA